AGUGGCUCAGGCGGGAAUGCAGCAGGCAAGGCUUACCCUCGUGGCUGUGGCUGUGUGUGUGGCUCUUCGGACCUCAGAAGCCAUACUCCCCAUCGCUUCCAGCUGCUGCACUGAGGUUUCCCACCACGUCUCCAGAAGGCUUCUGGAGAGAGUGAACGCCUGCAGCAUCCAGAGAGCCGACGGGGACUGUGACUUGGCUGCCGUCAUCCUCCAUGUUAAACGCAGAAGGAUUUGCGUCAGCCCGCACAAUCAUACGUUGAGACGCUGGAUGAGAGCCUCACAGGUGAAGACCAGCAAAGGAAACCCCUGCCGUAAGAGCGACAGAAAGAGUCACACCCCGAGGAAGCACGGGUCACAGAGCCACAAAGCUCCGGGUUAGAACGGACACAAGACCCUACGGGGAUAACGCCUCAAGUGAACUGGUCCACAGUUGGUCAUAAAGUUGCCCCCUGAAUCUUCCUUACCGACACCCUGUGGUGUUUUGUUUUGCUAAAGGAUAGU